AUGAAGAGACGAUCGCCUGGACCCAGGUCUCGACCCAAGGAUACUCUUCGAGGUCUUGCCUCCCUGCUCCUGCUCGGGUACAGGACGGUGCGUACAAACGCCCAGAAUAAAGGGCGUGGGGUACAGCCCAUCCACGAGGGCGAGGGUGACAUCAACAUCUUCAACGUCCCCGGCGAUUUCAACGAUUUCCUCGAUUUCCGCUGGAAUGACCACGCCUACACGAAUAACCGGAAUUCCGGUGGUGCUCGCUCUAUCAGCGACGAAGACUCAGAGGAAGGAUACGAAAGCUCAGAGGAACGACGUGGGACGCUCGAGGGAACGACGCGAAACCCCGGAAGAACGAUAUCUACGCUCAAGGAACCAAUAUGA